GUGGCGAAAUCAAGGCGCAAACUUUUGGGCGCCAUUCGGGGAUUUUAAAGAAAAGAAUUGGGGAAUGGAGGAUACCACGGCAGCGGAGCAGGACGCGGAUAACGUAAUCCGCAUCCUGGUGGCCACCGACAACCAUCUGGGCUACUGCGAAAAGGAUUCGAUCCGUGGUGAGGACAGCUUCACUGCCUUCGAGGAGAUUCUGGAACUGGCGGUCUCCGAGGAUGUGGACAUGAUCCUGCUGGGCGGAGACCUUUUUCACGACGCAGUGCCCAGUCAAAAUUCCAUGCACAAAUGCAUGGAACUCCUGCGACGCUACACAUUUGGCGAUCGUCCUGUCUCCCUGGAGAUCCUCAGCGAUCAGGCGCAAUCUUUUCACAACGCCAUUAACCAGUCGGUUAACUACGAGGAUCCCAACCUGAACAUCAGCAUCCCGGUGUUCUCCAUUCACGGAAAUCACGACGAUCCCAGUGGGUUUGGCCGUCUGAGCUCUCUAGAUCUGCUCAGCACCUCAGGCCUAAUCAACUACUUUGGCCGCUGGACGGACCUUAGCCAGGUCGAGAUCAGCCCCAUCUUAAUUCGCAAGGGUGAGAGCCAGUUGGCUCUUUACGGACUUAGCCACAUCCACGACGGUCGGCUAGCCAGGCUUAUCCGGGAAGUCAAGGUGAAGUUUAACUGUCCCGACACGGGAAGAGCAGGAGAUGAAGCUACCAAGGAAUCGUCUGAGCAGGAUGAUUGGUUCCACCUGCUGGUGGUGCACCAGAAUCGCGCAGAUCGCGGACCAAAGAACUACCUGCCCGAGGACUUGCUGCCGGAUUUCCUGCACCUGGUGAUCUGGGGCCACGAGCACGACUGCCGCAUCGAGCCGGAGGUGAAUGCAAGAAAGGGUUUCUAUGUCUCCCAGCCGGGCUCCUCGGUUCCCACUUCGUUGUCCGAGGGCGAGUCUAAGAAGAAGCACGUCGGCCUGCUUGAGAUUUACAAGGGCAAAUUCAAGAUGAAGGAGCUUCCCCUGCAGACCGUGCGUCCCUUCGUCUUCGAAUCCGUCGUUCUGCCCGAUCUCGCCGAGGAGCUGGGCCUCGAGGAGAGCGAUGCCUCCGACAAGGUCUUCCGAUUUGCCAAGGAGCGAGUUGAGGCCAUGCUCCAGAAAGCGUCCGCCCAGCACUCUGGGCAUCCCAAGCAGCCCACUUUGCCGCUCAUCCGGCUGCGCCUUCUUUACACCGACGAGUCCUGUAUGUUCAACGCAAUCCGGUUUGGCCAGAUGUUUAGUACGCAGGUGGCCAACGUUCAGGAUGUGGUGCAGUUCAGCAAGCUUAUUAAACGCACCAAGAUGGAGACCGUCAACCUGGACAAGGAGGCCUUGCGACGAGCACUGGAAGCGGAGAAUGCAACUCGAGUUGAGGAGUUGGUGGAUCGUUAUUUCGAGGAGGCCAAGUCCAAUAAACCUUUAAGGUUGUUCCACUCGAAGGCAUUGGCGGAGAUGACCUAUCGACUGGUGGAGCGAAAGGAUGCUGAUGCAGCUGAUAAAAUUGUCAAAUUCUAUAGGGAAAAGGCAGUGGACCACCUGAUGGAAUCCAUGCCCAAUGAUGAGAACAUCGACGACGAACUGAUGAGUUUUAGGGUGCGCCAUAAGCAUGAGGAUCUGUUAAAAAUGCUCGACAUUCAGGGCCUCAAAAUAAAGCCGGAAGAGAACUCCACAUCGGUCUUGGGCAGUGAAGCAAACACCUCCACAAGUACCCCCCAGGGAAGGGGGCGUGGCCGAGCGCGUGGAGGUGCCAGAGGUCGAACCGCUGCCACAGCCGCAUCUCGUGAUAAACCCCAGUUGCCUAUUUCGCGCUCUUCAAACAGGCAACAAACGCUUCUGAGCAGCCUCAGAGGCAAUCGAAACGGUCCAAGCUACGAAAUAUCGGAUGACUCCGAUUGAUUUACAUUCCAAAGCUGAAUAAACAGGAGUUUUUUAUAUUGGGUGAGCCAUAGGAAGUCAUCCGAUGUUGCUUGGCUCUCUUUUUUUUACCUAAAUGACAAAAUUUUGUUCUGUUUUUUGGAUUAUGCUUAUUUGAACCUUUAGAAUUUUAUUGGCCAAGUUGAUUGUUCCCCGUUCUUUUGGCGUAUAUCGUUCCAUGCCUUAUUUACUUAAACUUCACAUCUGUCUAAUACACAAAAUCAAAACCGAUUUGAAAUUGGGGGUCAUUUGCAAAAAUAAGAGCAACUUCCAAUAGGGUGAUUUCUUUUGGCCCACCCUGCAUUUCCUCUAAGAGUA